AUGAAUGGCCUCAUCCGGUUCAUCCUUCAUUUGACGCCAUACCUCUACGCUACAUCGAUAUUCAAUGUUAGUUCAGGUCUUCCCUCUGACAAGCUUGCGGCCGCCUUCGACAAUACACGACUGACGAAUUCCUACGAUCCAUCUGCUACAUAUCAAGGCACUGCAAUCGUGGAAGUCUGGAUUGGGGAAGAGCCAGUGAAUGUGGGAGAUGUUUGGGGGUCAGCGCUUUACCACACGGUUGAAUCAGCUCUUCGCUCAAUCUGCAACGACAAUGACAAUGGCCAAUGCAGUGCUUCGAAAGGAGUGCAAUAUGCCUCUUUUGGAACCGCUUACCUAGCGGGUCGCAACCAAGUAAAGUCCAGUGAGCGAACCCAAACUUUGGCCAGUUUGACUGUCGAAGGCGCAUCGUACAAAGACGCUCUGACCCGCAACAUCCUCAUUGCAAUCAUCGCGCGUACACUACAGGCUACCGUCCAAAAUGAGGGGCAAAAUUGCUAUUGGGAGAACAACAUUCGGUUUUGCAACGUCGGUAGCCUCAUCCGCGUUAAUAUGCACGAGAACGGCGUGAAGAACUAUUUGCAUGUAAGAUUGCACAGCGAACAGGCUGCCAAGGGAGGCUUUGCAUGCUGCGAUACACUGGGGAGCGUGGACAGCGGAGUGAAUAUGUUUGGUGCGCGUGUUGAGAGUGUGUACGGGAGAUAUUCAAGGGAUGUGCGGUGCAUCACUGAGGGCUUCAAGAUGUGUGCGGGACGGGUGGCUGGAGAUGGUUGA